UCGAGCUACUUUACAUUACUUUACAGUAUAUUAAUAAUUGUGAUGCCCAAUAAGAGGUCGUAUAAUAAUCUGAGAUAGACAAUAGCAUCGACGAUAACGAACAAAUCGAAAGUAAAACGACACAAACACAACAAAAAAGGAUGAAGAUCUACUUCUGUGGGAGUAUUCGGGCAGGAAGACAAGAUGCUGACCUCUAUUUGCGACUUAUUACGCAGCUGAAAACCUAUGGAGAAGUGCUUACUGAACAUGUUGGGGCUAAGGGCCUGGAGAACGGUGAAAAGAACAAUACAGACAAGUUUAUUCAUGACAGAGAUGUGGAUUGGCUGAAACAGUGUGAUGUGGUUGUUGCCGAGGUGACCCAGCCGUCCCUUGGAGUCGGGUAUGAAAUUGGACGAGCUAUCGAUAUGGGCAAAAGGAUUCUGUGUCUAUUUAGACCUGCUCCUGAUAAACGUCUGUCGGCCAUGAUAGCAGGAGCAGACAAUGGUUCAUCAUUUAUUGUGAAGAAUUACCAGGAAGAGCAGGCCGCCCAGAUUUUCUCCGACUUUUUCAAAUAAUUUGAAGAUGGAGAUUGAUUUGAAGAUAUACCACCAAAUUGUGUUCAUUGUUUAUAGCCCAAUUUUGAAUUCAUGUGACGCUAUAAUCUUAUUAUGACUGCUCUGAUAUUUACCUAUUUUUUUUAACAAAGAAUAUAUUGAAAUCAAAACCAACAGGCAUUUGUGUGUCCAAGGCUAUCAUUCGACUAGUAAAUCUCUCCAUUGGUUGAACAGUUAUGAAAAAUCAUACCAGGAUGGUUCUGCAUCAUUUCAAUUGUGUUUUUAGUGCCAUAGACAUCAUUCCCGAGACUUAUCACUGUUGCAUGGCUUUGAAGGCUAAAUCAGAUUUAAACAAUCGUUGAAAAAUGUUGCUGUGCAGCUGGAGGUAUAACUUGCCCUACAUAUUAUUGACAGCAUAUUACUUUUUACCCAUGCUAUUUUGAGAUUCUUAAAUCACAUUGUGUAUUAAAAAAUCAGAAUUUU